AUGGCGGCGGUGCUGGCGGUGCUGGCGCCGCUGCUGGCUCUGGGCCGGGCCGGGCCGGGCGGUACCGGGGGUCCCGCUGCCCGCGUCGAGGUGGCGGUGGCCGGGCCGGGACCCGGGGCGGCGGAGGGGCCCGGCGGCUCCUACACCCUGCGAGGGGCCCUGCUGGGUGCCGGGGGCGGCCGGGACCGGGGGGUAACGCGGAGGGAGGAGGAGGAGAUCAGAGGCCGGCUGGUGCUGGUGGGAGACACGGAGCCCGAGCUGGGUGCUGCUGACACCUGGAUCGGGGUGGUACCGGUGGGCCAGGACCAGACCGAGGGUCCCCACGAGGAGUCCUUCACCACCACUGUUGUCAGCAAGAUGAAGAGAGCCCUGGUGCUGGGUGCUUCGGCCCUGCUCAUCCUCGCCCUCAACCAGAAUGCCAUCCGGGAGGUGGAUGUUUCCCAGCUGCUUGCCAAGCCUGUGAUUGUCAUCCAGUCCUCAGACAAUGUCACCAAGCUGCUGGGAGCACUGCUGAGGGGGCUCCGGGCCACUGCAAAGAUCACCUACCAGGCAGUGCUGCUGGAGAACCUGGGCGUCACCCUCACCCUCUGGUCAACCUGUGGCCUCUCCCGAGGGGGUCUCUACGGGGAGUGGCAGGGGGUCAUCUGCACAGGGGAGAACAGCUCCCAGGUCCAGAAAUACCUUCAGCAGCUGUGGAACACCAUCCUGCUGAUCGCUCUGCUCCUCUGCACCGGCGUCAUGGUGCAGGCUCAGCGGCAGUCGCGGCAAGAGCCGUCGGAGCGAGACACCGAGCUGGACCUGAAGCAGCACAUCCUGCAGAGGCUGUCAGCACUGCGGACCCGGCGGUACCACCCGGGGAAGGCGCCGCGGAGCCGCCCCUGUGAGAUCGACAGCUGUGCUGUGUGCUUGGAGCACUUCCACAAGAGCCAGUGGCUGCGGGUGCUCCCCUGCUCCCACGAAUUCCACAGGGAUUGUGUGGAUCCCUGGCUCCUGCUGCAGCAGACCUGCCCUCUCUGCAAGCACAACAUCCUGGGAAACUGCUGCCCAGAGAGCUAGCCAGCCCGAGGGACACACUCUGGGGACAGAGCCAUCACUGCUCCAGGGAGAGGGAGGGGUCUGGAGCAGCUCUACCUGUGCCUGGCACUUCAGAGAGCAAAGGAUCUCAGGGCUCUCCCUGCUGGGCCUGAGUAGAGGGGUGGGGGGGCUGUAUGGCCAGUGCUGGGGGGCCAGGAAAGGAAGUUAUGGGGGCACCCAUGGGUGUGAUGGGGCUGGAGGCAGGGAGAGCCCCCUCCCCCUGCCUGUACUCAUUUUUUAAAGUCUCUUUAGUUUUUUUCUAUUUGCUGCUGGGGGGUAGGGGCUCCAGCACCUUAUUUAUACUAACUUAUUAGAAAGGACAGCACAAGGUGGCUGCAGAGACCAAGCAUGGGGCUCGUUGGCCUGGCCACAGGUGCCAUGGUGGCCAGGGACACACCAGGAGCCCUGACAGCUCCUGUCCUGCACAUCACAGGUGUCUAUUAAACACAGAGUGAGAA